CACGGUCUUAAGUCCAGAGUCGGGACCCACCAUCCGGUUUCCCGCCUCUCCACAUUUCAUAUUUUUCGUUCUUUUCUCUCUCUAAACCACCUACUAUUUAUACCAAACAAUACCAGAUUGUACAGAGACCGGUCCUGACUCCCAAGUCCUCACACUCUCUCUCUCUCUCUAAAAUGCCUGACCUGAGCUCCUUCUCAGAGAGCUGCAACCCUCUCCCUCUCUCUCUAGAACUUGCAGCUCCCGAUAAUCUCUUGACGAAAUCUCAAACCAGUGAGCAAAAUGCUUUCUCUCUCAUCCCUCAUGAUGAUCCCCUCGCCCUAAAUUCCAAGUCCAACGGAAAAUUUUGCUUGGACGAGAGUUGGCUGUUCAAAUGGGGGCGGCCAUGGAAAUGCAGCUCGAAUGUGUUUAAGGUUUUUGAAGAUGAUGGAGGUUUCCCAAAAGAAGUUUCAGAGAAGGCUUCUUUGAGGUGUAGUCGAAAGGCCAUGGCUAGAUGUGAGUUGCAGAAGAAUGAAGUCACUUCUACACAGUGUAGAACAGGUAAAAGUGCCAUCAAUAAGUCAUUUGAGGAGCUUUUUAGGGCUUGGGUCGAGAAGAAGGUGAAAUCUGGAGUACCAGAGAGCGAAUGCAAUUUCCCUUUUCUUGUCCACGCUCCAAGAAUGGUGGAAUGUCGGAUAUGUUGUACACAAAUUGUUGCUGGGAAAGAGCUGCUAUGCUCUGUUCGAGGUUGUCAGCAAGUCUUUCACUUGGUUUGUGUGAAACAAAGAUAUGGGAAUCAUAAGUGCAAGGACUUUAAGUGCCCUCAACAUGCAUGCUUUAUUUGCAAACAAAAAGGUUAUUGGCGGUGUAUGAGGUGCACAAUAGCGGUACACUCUAAAUGUGCUCCGUGGCCUCAAAAUGUGAUCUAUCCAGUAAAUAAUUCAAGGCAAGUGAUUUGUUGGAGGCAUCCGGAGGACUGGAGAUUGGAAUCAAAGCAUGCAGAUCCCACGAGCGAUAUAAAGGAAGCCUUCUGCCGUUUACCUGUGCCAUAUAACGAUGUGGAAUUUGAUAUUGACAUUAUACGUAAAGACGUAUUGGAGAAUAAAAUGGAACCAACUCCUUAUGUGCAUAUCAAACGAAAUUUAUAUCUCAUAAAAAAAAAGCGUGAUACUGUCGACUCUGAUAGUGGAUGCACCAACUGCAAUUCCAAUGAUUUAUGCGUUGAAGAUUGUGUCUGCAGGGUUCAAUCCAUAAGUUGUUCCAAGGCUUGCUCGUGUUCGGAGUUAUGCACGAAUAGACCAUUUCGCAAGGAGAAAAAACUCAAGAUUGUCAAGACCCAAUAUUGUGGAUGGGGAGUAGAGGCAGCUGAACCCAUUAAAGAAGGGACAUUUGUGAUAGAAUACAUUGGGGAAGUUAUUGAUGAUUCCUUGUGUGAACAAAGGCUCUGGGACAUGAAACGCAGAGGUGAUGUGAACUUCUACAUGUGUGAAAUCAAGAAGGAUUUUACGAUAGAUGCAACUUUCAAGGGAAAUGCUUCACGUUUCUUGAACCACAGCUGCAAUCCUAAUUGUAAACUAGAAAAAUGGCAAGCAGAUGGAGAGACACGUGUCGGCGUGUUUGCAUUCAAAAAUGUAGAAGUUGGUGAACCAUUGACAUAUGAUUAUCGUUUUGUACAUUUUGGUCCGAAAGUCAAGUGCUGUUGUGGUGCUGCAAACUGUCAAGGUUAUCUGGGAAGCUCAAAGAAAAGUGAUAAGGAAAUCGUCCAAUGUCAAUGGAAAAGCAAGAGGAAACGAUCCCGCGACUAAUAAUUACCUGGCAAUAUUACUUUGAUUUGUUAUUCUUUUCAAGGCUUGGCAUUCACCAUUGCAUAUUUGAAAGUGAUAUGUCAUGGUUUAAGAACCAGGCUUUGUGUGUGUACCCUUGAAUUUCGGAAGACGUCAAUGACUAUCAAUUAAGAAGCUCAUUGUCUUCACUCUGUUGUAUUCAUUAAGACAUGAAUGUAAGAAAAUGUUUAUUACAGAUGGAAAGUGAAACAUGAACUAGGCUUAGUUCAUUACUUCCUUGCCCUAA